AUGGUCCGAAAAUUAUCACUUGGGCGUAUCUUCUCGAGAUCGAGGGACACCGAUCGACCUCCAACACCCCCUCCUAAAUCACCACCACUUUCUCCGAUCAGCAUUGGCUUGCCUCUCGCUGCAGGCAGCAAGUUCAAGGAAGAAGCUGGAUCCGCUAUCCUCACGGGCUUCGCUCCAACAGAGAGUAUUGAUGGCUCAAUCAGGUCGCAUUCGACCUCAAGGCUUCAGAAACGGCAUCACAGAGUCAUCUCAACCACAUCCCCCACACACGCCAUGUCUCCUCAUGAGUUCUCCCCAAUAUCCCCUACGGCUAGUUCUGCGGCAUCAUUUGAGUUUCUGUCCCCGCUCUCCACGACUCAACAAUUUCCUCCUGGCGUGACUUCAUUCUGUCCCGCCACGCACCCCGCCGAGUCUUUUACAGAAGACUAUCGUCUUCAGAUCCCUCUUCACCAAAACCCUUACCUUACCGUUCUCGAAAAGAUCUCCCCUGAGCAAUUCGCGCGUUGUCUCCAGCUCCUUCGCACGUCCCUCCCCAUCGAGCUCGAUGCACUGCGUGAUGUCAUGCCAAAGCCCAACGGAUUCGUGCAUACCGUGCUUGAGGCGUACAACAACCAUCGUGGGCUCAUCCUCCGCCCGGAUGACGUCUGGACCGCGAUCCUCACCCAAUUCAGCUUCUUCGUGAGCGCAAACGCCGAGCAGCUCCGUUCGCAUUUCGUAGCGCACGAGGGCCAGGAAGAACUUAUCAUCAUUGGCGGUGGAAAUCGUCACACGGCAGAUUUUCCACUCAUGGCGCGUCAGAUGUCGGAGCUUAUGCACACACGCGUAACGGAUCCGAUGCUGAGGCACUGGAUUAUGCCUGAAUUUUCAACGACGACAGAUGUAGACCGGACAGUGUACGCAAUGUCUAUGAUGGCGACGAUGAAAGAGUAUUUCCGCUACAAGUUUGUGCUGCGUUGCGGGAUACCGCUUGUGACGCUCCUCGGGGAGAGACAUGACUGGGAGGACAUCCUUGAGCGACUAGAGCGGCUAAAACUAUACAGCAUAGAAACGAUAGCAUGGUAUCACCUCCUUCACCCCAUCAUCUCUCAAUUCGUAGCAGCCUUCCACACGCCCUCCAGCCCUGAAAACAUUGAUUUCUGGUCCAAAGUCGCGCACUACGAGGGAGGCGGGAGCGGGCCGACCUACCUCUCAGGCUGGAUCACCGCGUUUUGCGUGUUCAACGAGCAAGGCAUGUGGCAGGGUCCCCCGCUAAAUGCUGAACGCAUGCGGGAAGACGCGCCGAAGAAGCUGCUUCGUCCUGCAGAUCCACGGACGCUGAGUGCAGCUCAAUUCGCCGCGGUGUACACCAUCCGCGGCUCGUGGCGCCCUUUCCUGGUGCUCGACGGGAUGCCAUACCCAAUGAUCGACGAUGAAUGUGUGCCAUGCGGGUACGCUCAUCUCGAUGUGAAGCUGGAUGAUAAUGGGGAAUUGUUUGACACGGUGAUCGUUGCGGGUGCAGUGGGCGCACAGAUCUGCUCGAAUGAUAAGUCGGAGCUGUUUAGGAAUGGGAUGCGGGAUAGUGUAAGGCCUGUGGUGGGGUUCUGGUACUUUAUCACCGGGGCGGGGUGA